CAACUAUUAGAGGUAAGAAAGAAAAAUAGAGCACGAAUCAUAUUUGGUAGUGUUUUUUUAGAUGCCAAAUUGCCAAUGACAACUGUCGUGUGCAAUCUACUGCAAUUACUUGCUUACCUAAAAUCCAAUCCUUCCUUCACAUAAACUACUCUUAUGCACUGAAAAUUCUCACCUUCAAACAAGCUUUUCCGUACUAUGGGAAUCUAAGAUCACUCCGUGCAUCUGUUGUAAAAUCAUUGGAAACUUGGGAAGAUCUCACAACUUCAAUUAUCAAGAUUCUUUGAUGUGUGCUAAAGGGAUGUAAAUUGAUGUCAUCUGCUCUUUGCUAUUGAGCAAUGAUGAAGAAAGAGGAAUCAAAUCGAUCCCCUUUUGAGGAAGUUCCUUCCUCAAUUAUAUGCGAUAUUUUGUCAAGACUUCCAAUUAAGGCAUGCCUUAAUUGUAAGUUUGUUUGCAAAGAAUGGUAUCAUGUUGUAAUGAAUCCUGUGUUUAUGGAGUUGCGUCGUUCUCGUAAUUUCUAUUUUACCCUAUUGUUCUAUGGUAAAUUUUGUAACUCGACAACAAACUUUAUAUUGCUUGAUCUAGAUAACGCCUCAAGUGUGGACAACAUGGGUAAUGUAUGUGUAAGUGUUGAUGCUAUGGUUAGGUUCAAGUCUGAAUUUAACAUCCCCAAUUGGAAAUUGCAUUUGGUUAAUCAGUGUAAUGGGGUUAUCUGUUUAAAGGCUCGAGAGAUGUGGAGUCCUUAUGUCAUUUGCAAUCCCCUAACGUGUCAAUUUGUGACCGUCAAGCAAAGUCGUAAACCGUUUCAUUCUCUUCAGGGUUAUGGUUUAGGAUGCUGUCCUGUUUCAGGCCAAUUCAAAAUACUUAGAAUCCUCAUGACUAAGUUUAAGUAUGUGGCCGAGAUACAGACACUUGGUACCGAUGAAUGGAGGAGCAUUGGUGACGCACAUAUAUGUAAAGAAAGACUUGGAGCUUACAUGCAUGACUCACUUCAUUGGUACUCUUCCAAAGACCAUUGCAUAUGGUCAUUUCAUUUCGGAAAUGAACAGUUUCUAUGUGUUCCAGUACCUGAUGAUACAAAGGGCAAUGCCUCAGCAGAUGUUGUGGUUUUUGAUUCUUACCUUUGCUUCAGUUGUAUCUCGAAAGAGGGUUAUCAAAGGGAAAUUUGGCUUAUGAAGGUGUACGGCAUGAAAGAUUCGUGGGUGAAGCAAUUUGUUAUGGAGAAGGGAGAAUUUGGAUUGUUGUAUGUACCUCUGCUGCGAAUGGGUAGUGGGGAAAUAUUGGUAUCUUUUAGAGGCAGAUGUAAUCUUUUAGCGUACGAUCUUAAAUCUGAAACUUAUAAAAAGGUUAAAGUAGAUGGAGUUUCUUCUUUCGACGUGGUGACAUGUGAUAUAAAACUUAAUGAAUUAUAAUGAUGUAAGUGAAGCUUAAGAAAUACUAAUUGUUAGUGUACCCUUUGUAUGCUCAUUGCUCAAUCCUUCCAGAAUUUUGCUGGCAGAUUACUAUGAGAACACUUGUUUACUAAAUUUAACAAGGUUUUUCUUUCUCUAUAUGUACUAUGUAACACUGAGUCAUUGACAACUCUCGGCUCUAGUUUGGCAAUAUCUUGCAUUCUUGCUAUUCCUAGAUAUAUUUGUCAUGAUGUAUUUGUAUAUCCUGAAGUUAGAAAAUAUAAUUUGUCUAUAUUAUUAUCAUGAA